AUGGCAUCAGAAAAGACCACAAAGAAAAACCUGCUGAAGGCUGAGGAGCAGCAGCAAGCGAGUGCUGUUGACCGGGUCACCAGCUUACCCUUGCUAAACUCUGCUUUCAACCUGGUUUCAUCUGCCUACAACUACACCAAGGAGACCCAUCCUUGCCUCAGUGGUGUCUGCAACGUGGCUGAGACUGUGGCUGCUGUGGCAGUUGGCAGUGUGGUUGGUGGGGCACAGCCCAUCCUGAACCAACUUGAGCCACAAAUUGCACUUGUAAAUGAAUAUGCCUGCAAAGGGCUGGAUCAACUGGAGGAGAACUUGUCUUUUCUUCAACAACCAGCAGAAAAGGUCCUCUCAGACACCAAGCAGCUGGUUUCCACCAAAGUGAUGUCUGCUAUGGAUGCUGCCUGUGAGGCAAAAGAAGCAAUGGCUGACAAAGUGACUGAAGCUGUGGGCCUCACCAAAAAUGUUGUUGGGGACAGUGUCAAGUUGACUAAGUCAGUGGUUACCUCCACUGUUAAUAGUGCUGUGGAGGCUGCCCAGGGUGCCAAGGACCUGGUGACUAACAAGGUGACUGAGGCAGUGGACCUGACUAAACACAUGGUGGAGGACAGUGUUGAGCUGACCAAGUCUACAGUUGUUUCUACUAUUGUCAAUGCAGUGGAGGCUGCCCAGGGUGCCAAGGACCUGGUGACUAACAAGGUGACUGAGGCAGUGGACCUGACUAAACACAUGGUGGAGGACAGUGUUGAGCUGACCAAGUCUACAGUUGUUUCUACUAUUGUCAAUGCAGUGGAGGCUGCCCAGGGUGCCAAGGACCUGGUGACUAACAAGGUGACUGAGGCAGUGGACCUGACUAAACACAUGGUGGAGGACAGUGUUGAGCUGACCAAGUCUACAGUUGUUUCUACUAUUGUCAAUGCAGUGGAGGCUGCCCAGGGUGCCAAGGACCUGGUGACUAACAAGGUGACUGAGGCAGUGGACCUGACUAAACACAUGGUGGAGGACAGUGUUGAGCUGACCAAGUCUACAGUUGUUUCUACUAUUGUCAAUGCAGUGGAGGCUGCCCAGGGUGCCAAGGACCUGGUGACUAACAAGGUGACUGAGGCAGUGGACCUAACCAAAGGGGCUGUUCAGGAUAGUGUUGAGAAGACCAAAUCAGUGGUCACUUCUACAGUCAACACAGCUCUGGAUGCUGCCUAUGUGAGCCAAGCAGUGGCAGGUGGAGCAGAAUCUGUCCUGGGAAUGUCAGAAGAUCUGGUGGAUCAUUACCUGCCCAUGGCAGAGGAGGAACUAGGUAAACUGGCCACUGCUGUGGAGGGACCUGGCAUGGCUUCUGUGGAGGAGCAGAAGCAGCAGAAGAGCUACUUCGUGCGCUUGGGCUCCCUCUCUGGCCAAGCGCGGCGCCGAGCCCUCCAGCACUCCCUCUGCAAACUGCAGCGCCUCAGGAAAAGCACCCAGGACACUCUCUCACGACUCCAGCUGGCCAUAGAACUGAUUGAAUCUGUGAAACAAGAGGUUGGCGAGAAGCUUCUGGAUGGGCAGGAGAAGCUGCAUCGGCUGUGGGUGGACUGGAGCCUGACCCAACCCAAAGGAAACCAAGUCAAAACUGCCUCCGAAGUAGAGGUAGAGCCACGGGCUCUAGCUAUGCUGCGCAUCAUCACCCGGCAGCUACAGCCUGUCUAUGAGAACCUGAAGGCCAGCACCCAAGGCCUCCCCAGCCACAUCCAAGAAGCUGUAUAUCAGGCCACUCGAAGUAUUCAUAAGCUCCAUAGGUCUUUUUCCAAUGCUAUGUCUUUCCAGGACCUCUCCAGCACCACCCUGACCCAGAGCCAGGACUGUGUGGCAGAAGCCUGGAGGUGCCUAGAUGACCUGUUUGAGUAUGUAACUCAGAACACCCCUCCAGACUGGCUGGUGGGUCCCUUCAGGGCAAUGGCUGAAGUGUCACAGGGUGGCAGAAAGGAGAAGAAGAAAGAAAGGGUGACUGAUACAAAAUCAGCCAUGUUGGAAAAGGCUACAUCACCAAAGGAGGUGGCUGAGACACCCAAAAAACCAAAGGCAGCAAAAAGAAUCCUAGAGGAAUGGUUUGAAGUGCUAGAGAAGCUGCAGGAGAAGGCAGAGGAAGUCACAGAGGUGGCACUGGCUGCAGAGGAGAUAACAACGACCAUACCAGAGGAAGAGCUCUGA